AUGGUUACUGUUGCGAAAUACUAUGGCAAACGGAAGUUAUACGAACCUGUUCCAGGAGUUGAGAUUGAGUGGCCAUCUGGCACAGUCACAGCUCCUCUUGACACACCAAUUUGUGGCUUUCAAGGGGAGCUUUGUAUCGAGAAGGGUUGGCGAUAUAAACUCCAAAAGGAGAUUGCAGAGAUGCUUUGGAAGAUAUCUUCAGAAGAUAUUAUAUUUGAAGAAAAGAAUUUCUUAAGUGGAGCUUCUAAGAUCUCUAUACCAUCCAGAAUAGAUGCGUCCGAUGAGCAGGUUUUUGCAAAAAUAGGAAUUUAUAGAGGAUCCAGGUAUGCCCUCAAGCCAAUUGAAUCUCAGAAGAUGACGUUGAACAAAUCAAUUCUUUUUGAAUUAAAACAGCUUCGAGAGAUCAACCAUUCUAAUUUAACUCGAUUCGUCGGUGCAUGUGUUGAUCCAUCUUCGUCGUGUUUGGUGAUAGAGUAUUGCCCAAAAGGCAGUUUACAGGAUAUACUAGAGAAUGAAUCAAUUAAACUUGAUUGGAUGUUCAGAUACUCGCUGAUCUUUGACAUUGUUAAGGGAAUGGAAUUUAUUCAUAACAGUAGUAUGAAAACACAUGCCAACUUGAAAUCGUCGAACUGCUUGGUGGACAGUAGAUUUGUCUUGAAAGUGACCGAUUUUGGCUUACACGAAUGGAAAGAUGCCAUAGUGGACUUCAAAUCUGCAGUCACCCACUCAGAGUACUACACUCUGUUAUGGCGGUCUCCGGAGUUAUUACGUCACCCAAUAACCAGAGGAAGUCAGAAAGGGGAUGUGUAUAGUUUUGGGAUUAUUUUACAAGAAAUAAUCACUAGAACCGGACCAUUUGAUCACGAACUGGGGGAUGAUUGUAUGGCACCACAAG